UUUUAGUUUUUCUUUAAUUAAAAAUUUAGAAAUUGGCCGCUACUGCAAAGUAUGUCUUACAUAGUAAUAAUGUUAUGUUAAAGAACUAAAUCAGGACACGAAUUUUCACCAAUAAGUCUUACUUAACCUAACUUUAUUCAUAAAUUUUGAAAUUGAAACAUAGAAGACGAGGAAAUUCUCGAUUGACGCAUGAAGUUUGAGAUAACGUCACAUGCCCGGUUACGUAUUCGACUUGCUGCGGUUCUGAAGCCUUUCUACCGAUAAACAGCACUUCUAACACGCCUUCGACCUCAGUCACCUUGAAAAAAGUAAGCUACAGUAGCCUGGAACAGCCAAGAUAAGGUACAACUUUCCUAGUCUUUCAAAACCCCAUAUAGUAUGGCUUCGAGGGGCACAAUAACCAUGAAGAACAUGACCACAUUAGGUAAAGUACUGAGCAGAAGAAACUUCUCCACUUCAAAGGCUUUGGGAGCCAAACAGCUUACAGUAAGAGAUGCCCUGAACUCAGCUAUCGAUGAAGAAAUGGAAAGGGACGAAAGAGUUUUUGUUAUGGGUGAAGAAGUAGCUCAGUACGAUGGGGCUUACAAAGUUACAAGAGGACUGUGGAAGAAAUACGGAGACAAAAGAGUUAUUGAUACCCCUAUAACUGAAAUGGGCUUUACAGGUAUCGCCACGGGGGCGGCUAUGGCAGGCCUCCGCCCCAUCUGCGAGUUCAUGACCUUCAAUUUCGCCAUGCAAGCCAUAGAUCAAAUCAUCAAUUCGGCGGCAAAAACUUUUUACAUGUCUGCCGGUAGAGUAAACGUUCCUAUUGUAUUCCGGGGCCCUAAUGGAGCUGCAGCAGGUGUGGCAGCUCAGCACUCUCAGUGUUAUGGCGCGUGGUAUGCUCACUGUCCUGGUCUCAAAGUAAUCUCCCCCUACACAUCCGAAGACCACAAAGGUCUUCUCAAGGCAGCUAUUAGGGACCCAGAUCCUGUGGUCUUUCUAGAAAACGAAUUAUUGUACGGUGUUGCCUACCCAAUGUCUGAUGAGGCGCUAGGAACGGAUUACUUGUUACCCAUUGGCAAAGCGAAAGUCGAAAGACCAGGUAAACACGUAACUAUCGUAGCACAUUCUAAGGCUGUCGAGACGUCGUUAGAAGCUGCAAAAACCUUGGCAGGUAAAGGUAUCGAAGCUGAAGUAAUCAAUUUAAGAUCUUUGAGGCCUCUAGACUUUGAAACCAUUAUAAAAUCGGUCGUCAAAACGAAUCACUUGAUCUCAGUGGAACAGGGUUGGCCGUCGUGCGGUAUAGGAGCUGAAAUUUUGGCUAGGCUGAUGGAAAGUGAAGUUUUCUAUCACCUAGACCAACCUGCUGUUAGAAUAACAGGUGCUGAUAUUCCCAUGCCAUACACAAAAAGUUUAGAAGCUGCAGCUUUACCGCGCCCCGAAGACGUGGUAGAAGCCGUGAAAAAAAUCCUCAAGGUCAAGUGAGCACGCCACUGCCAUAAAAAUGCUUUACCAAUCGAAAAACACGAACUGCUUCUUGUCAACAGACAACGUCAAAGUUAAAUGAUAAUACAAUAAGGGCCUUGUUACUGAACGUGCUCAUAUUUUACAUUAUUUCUUUUUACCCCCACUUUAUACAUACAUAUUUAUACAUAUUAUAUAUCACUAUUGUGUUGUUAAUGUUAUUUUUCUAGAUUUAUUUUUGUUAAAAAUGUAUCAAUUUUCAUCGAAAUCGUCGAAUGGUGUCACUGCCAAGGCCCUACUCUUUUUUGUUGAUAUUGUGUAAAAAAGAUUUUUCUGUUUUAUAUAUAUUUAUUUUAAGAAUUGUACAAAAUAGGGAAAUUAAUAAAUAAUUUGUUCUGUUUUA